AUGAGCGCGCCCGGCCGGCUAGAGGGCAGGCGCGCCCCGGCGCCCACGGCGCGCGGCCUUCCUGGCGUGGUGGCGCUGCUGGCGGCGCGACGCUCGGUGUGCGGCGGCGGCCCCAGACGCCGCCCGGCGCGGCGACAGGCCUGUUCGCGGGCGAGGCGCACGACGAGGCGGCGGCGCGGGGUGGGCCCGCUGCCCGCGCCCCCGCUCGUCUUCGAAGCCCGACCUGCCCGGGCCCGCUGCGAGGAGAUCCGCAUCUCCAUGUGCGGCAUCGGUACACAUGACGUCCAGCCCCAACACUGA